AUGAAAGAACAAGUGAAAUGCCUAUCCUACAGCAUAAACGUCUCAUGGCACAGUAUCAAGGGGCUUGAGACUGACAGACGUGAGAUGGGUUGUUGGGAGCAUCAUGUCCUGUCGAGGAUAAAGCUGGCUCAAGGCUUACCCAAGGGCUCGGUGGAGCCAAAACCCGAACCAACGGCCGAGCCUGCCAUACCGGCUUCUGAAUUUGAUACGGCAAGGGCAUCCCGGCUCAUUGUUGCAGCCGAAAAAAGACAGAGAAAGCCCUCGGCCAAAGGGCAAAAAAAGAAGAGGCCGAGAAGUGAUGUUUGGACCCUGAGGGAUGAAUCCGAGUCCGAUAUUAUUAUUCGCAGGGUUGGUGCGGGCCCCUUCAUCGCCUCUGUUCCAGAGGAAGAAACUACCAUUCUGCCCUCAUCUACAGCUGAGGAAGGAACUUCCAUCCCGACCCCGAACACAGGUGGGGAAGAAGAUGUUCUUUUUCCGAUUCCUCUAAGGUCCAUUGAAUUCAUCGACAUUUCAGGUGAUGCUUCGCCCGAAGUGGCACCCUUGGUGAAGAGGCCUAGAAGAUCUGGCCCGUCUUCGGAUACCGAGGCUGAUCAAAGGGCUGAAUCAGCUCCGGACAACGAGGCUAUAAUGGUUACCAGCCCACUGCCCGGUGGCGACCAAGCUACUACAUCCGAGGCACCCGUAUCUACCGAGGCUGCUGGAGCCGUUCCGAUUUCUCCUACUCCUACAUCGAGGUCCGAUAACCUGGAAGACAUGUUCUCGGAUAUCCCUUCUGCAACCAGGGAAGCUUCUGGGUUUGGACACCUUCCUAUUCCUCGGGCCACGAGGGCGGCUAGCCGGUCCACUAAAACGGGUGCGAGGGACUCCCUUAGUGUUGUGCUCGUUAAUGAGGGCUUUGUCCGUGCCCAACAUGAGGUUGAUGACUUAAAGGGUCAGUUGGAUGCCCAGGGCCGAGAAACGGAGAAGUUCCAGCUCCUCCCGCAGGAGAAAGAAGAUCAGCUGAGCCGGGCCGCUGCUCUUCCCAACCUUCAAUCCGAGCUCGAAGCCUCAAAGGCCGAAAACCUUCGCUUGAAGGCCGAGUUGGCCGAUAUGAUUGAAAAAAACAGGCUCCUUGAGGCGGAUAAUUUCGGUCUUAACCGAGACAAUGCCAAUUUUAUUACGAGGCUUGGUGAACUCGAGGCCAUUAUUUCUCAACUUCGGAGUGAACUUGACUCGAUCAAGGCUGAUGCCGUGAGGAUGGCAGAAGGGCAUCACCAGCUUGAAUCCGAGAGUGCUAAUGACAAGGAGAAACUGAAGGUGGCCGACGAGAAAGCCAAGACUCGAGCUCGGAUUAGUGACGAGCUCAAGAGCAAGCUCGAGGAGGCUACUGAGGCCAAUGAUGUGCUUCAGGCUGAGUUUGAAUCGGCUAAUCAAAUUCGAAUAGCUCUUCUUGAAGAGAGAUCCGAACUAGAGGCUAAAUUGAAAAAAGCCGAGGCCAACCUAGAAGAGUCUCUUAAAGACAUGGAGACUGCCGAGGCUCGUUCUACGAUUCUGAUCGAGUAUGAGCGGUGGAAAUUACGGAGGGUUACCCUCGAACAGAUUGAAAAAGGGUUAGGGGACCUCCAGGCCCGGAUACUCGAAGCCAAAGAAAGCCCUUGA